AUGCGCGCCACUCUCUUCUCUUCACUCCUCCUGGCAGCCGUAUCAUCGGUCACCGCCGCUUCCCAUAAUAACGGAACUUGCACCGGCAAGAACGGCGUUCAAGGUGUUUGCAUCUCCACGAACUCAUGCUCUAGUGGCGGUGGCUCGUACAUCAGCAACGCUUGCCCAGGCCUUCCCGACGACAUCAAGUGCUGCACUAAGCCUUCCUGUCAGGGGGCUGGCCAGAAGGGCGACUGCCGGUUUGUGGACGAAUGCGGCAGUGGAAGGACUACUCUCGCCGGUCUUUGCCCCGGUCCAGACGCCUUCAAGUGCUGUGUCCCUAAACCUGGCACCACACCAAAGCCUCCUAUCACGCCGACUCUGAACCUGGGUGAAAAGAUCUUGAAGAAAGCUGAAGAGCAGAAAGGCGUUCCUUAUCACUGGGCCGGUGGCAAUUGCAAGGGUAAGACUGGAGGCGGAUUUGACUGUUCUGGCCUCGUCUCUUGGGCUGUUUGCCAGGUGACUGGUCGCGACUUGUUCAAGGAAGGUCUGCGAGUCACUCGCUCCAUGUACUGUGCCAGUGAAGAGAAGCUCAAGUACAAGAAAGUUCCUUUCUCCAAGCGCCGUGCUGGUGAUGCUGUCUUUUUCGGUGGCGAGUGUGACUGCAAGAACAAUCCUGGUGGUAUUCACCAUGUCGGCCUCAUGAUGGACAACGGCUACAACAUGUUUAAUGCUCUGAAAACUGGAACGAAUAUCAGGAAGGACAACUUCAAGGGUUGGAGCGAGAAGGCUUGCCCCUAUGUUAUCCGAUUCUAG